UAGAUUCAUGGUCAAAUAUGAAAUACGGGCAUUUAACUUUCCUUGUCUUUCUGUCUUUUUGGGGAAUAACUUUGGUUAUCAGUGAUCUGUAUCUCUCGGUCCAUAGGCUGGAAGAGCUGGCCAAGUACGAGCCCGCUCUACUGGCUGGAAUUAAGAAGUAUGUAGAUGCUCAACCUUUGGGAGUCCCAGCCAACAUCGUAAGAUUUAUAAAUGAAACCGAAGCAAUUAUUUCAAACAAGAAAGAUGUGUCACAUGACAUCCGUCAUCCAAUCAACACCUAUCACUUGGUAGAAAGAUUCGUAUUUUAUUGGUUAUAUCUCUUUGAAAAACUCGCCUGUAAGAAGUGUACAAAAGUCACAGCUGUUAAAGACUUUAAGGCUGCUCAUCACGCGGCCCUACACAACAUCACCAGACUCCCAGUCAUGAGGGAUCUGAACGGUACCAUGCGGGGGAUCCUCCGGCUCUGGCGCACCUACAAACUGGACAUCAACAAACUGAUGCAGGGGGAGGUCCUGGGGUACCGGGGGAGAGGCCUCACCCACAAAGACGUUGUCAGACUGAUAAUGUACGCGGCGGAGCACCCCGAGUUCUACUACGAAGAGAUUGUACUGAGAACUCAAAUGGUCCAUAGCUUGAAAGGUACACGGUUAUACCAUGGGGGAUUGUUUGAGCUGGCAUCUGCCUAUUACAGACAUGGAUUUAUCAACAUUGCAAAGACCAUCUUGGAGUCACUUCUGCCCUUAGGUGAUCAGACACUGACUGCGGCUUACGAUUACUGUCUAAAACACCCUGACGUUAACGUAACCAAGACCCUCACUGCUCCAGAAUCAGACAAACCCUCUUAUGAAGCACUGUGUAGAGGGGAGAUCAAGUCUCCAAAAGAAUUGUCCAAAUUGAAUUGCAAUCACAGAAGAACCCUCAUUCCCAUAUACUGGUCAAAAGAGGAAAUAUUUCAUCAUGAUCCCAGAAUUUCUCUGUUUCAUGACGUCAUUUCUGAUCGAGAGAUUGACAUGGUUCUCAAAAGUUCAGUUUUUCAAUUGACAAGGAGAUACUCUAAAGAUUCUACUAUUGAUGAAAAUGAGGACGUCUUAGCAACGUCCUGGUUGUCGGAACUAAAGACGAAAGCCGUGGUUCCACUGACCAGAAGAAUUCAGCUCAUCACGGGACUGUCCACACACGUGUCCAGAUCUUACUCCGAUUCCGAAAAUUACGAGAUCAACAACUUUGGUGUAGGUGGAAUGCAGAAACCACAUGUGGAUUUCUUGAACAUUUCUUUAGGGGAAUACCAAAAGAAAGAAGAGAGAAGCAUUCGCAUGUCUGGUGACCGUGUAGCUACUUGGGUGUUUUAUUUAUCAGAUGUAGAGAGGGGAGGGGCCACGGUGUUUCCUGAGAUCCGAGUCAGGGUACCUGUUAUCAAGGGAGCAGCAUUAUUUUGGUACAAUAUAAAGCGAAACAACGAUAAAGAUCAGAGAAGUCUUAAUGCUGAAUGUCCAGUGGCGAAAGGAUCCAAAUUUGUUUGCAAAAAGUGGAUAUUAGAGGCAGGUCAGCUGUUCAGAAGGAAAUGUGGGUUAUCUCCAGUUUCUAUAGACACCUGAACAUAAAAGUAUCCCGGGAAACUGUGGACGGGUCAUGUCAGAGUUAUCUUCCUUUGUA